AUGUGUGUGUCUUUGCCUGAUUGGAAGGGCCAAGCUGGAAUAAGAGCGUGUGGAAAGAGGUUAGCAGUACAACUAGAAUCAGUACAAGAAAUAUGUUGCGAAUUUUUAAAAGAACAUUUAGAGCCGGCCAACUGCCAAGGCAUAAGAAAUUUCGCGGAGGCGAAUGGCUGCACGCAAUUGACUGAAGCGGUUGAUCUGUUUGCGCGCGAGAGAUUCGUUGAUGUCUAUUGUGGCGACGAGUUUCUCUCGCAUCCGUGCGAGCACCUCAUCUCGCUCAUAUCGAGCGACGAACUGAACGUUACGAGCGAGAAAGAAGUCUAUCUAGCCGUGAUACGCUGGGUAAGACACGAUCCCAAGCAUCGUGCAGCCAACCUCCCCGAAUUGCUUCGUCACAUUCGCCUUCCCGUCUUGCCGACCGAUUUCCUCAUCGAACACGUCGAUUGCGAGGAGCUCAUACGAAACAAGAUGGAAUGUCGAGACAUCGUAGACGAAGCUAAACGAUAUCAUCUCGUGAAAGGUUUGUGCCACUUGAAAGAUGUCCCACCACAGGCAUAUCCCAGGAAAUCGUGCGUCGGGAAAUUGUUUGCAGUCGGCGGGAAGGAAUCGUCGGAAAGCAUCACUCGUAGUGUAGAAUGUUACAAUAACAGAUCGAAUAGUUGGAGUCGUGAGCCGGACAUGAUUGUUCGUCGUCAGCAGCUCGGUGUUGGCGUAUUGAAGGAACGGUUGUAUGCCGUUGGAGGGUCGGAUGGAUCGAUGAGGUUGAGUAGUGUGGAGUGUUACGAUCCUGGGAAUUCUAGUUGGGCAUUCGUUGCGCCUAUGAACACGAGUCGGUCGGGUGUCGCAGUUGGUGUGUUGGGAGGAGCCAUGUAUACGUCUGGUGGGCUUGUUGUGUUGAGUUGGUGACUUGUGUGGUGAUCAAUUUGUACACGUCUGUCUGUCUGUCUGUUAGUUUAUCUGUAGUCCAAUCGUCUAUCUAUGUGUUUGUCUGUUUGUGUCUGCCAACACCUGUCUGUCUAACUGCUUGUUUGUUUGUU